AUGUCAAGGAGACUGACUUUCGAAAUUGCGCAGCCUAUUACCAUCAUUGGCUUCUAUCUAGCUGGCUUCCUUCUGAUGGCGCUUGUGGCUGUCGCUUCAUCAUCCGUGUUUCGGAUUCAGCCUAUGGAAGAGCAUGCCCUGAGCCAAGCAUUCUACUACGCUAUUAUAGCUGCCGGCAUCUACUUCAUCAUCGCCUCUCUUAUGGCCUUUACUGCCUUUGGGGCGUACAAAGGGCAUUACGCCAGGGAGUUUCGAUUGACAGCUAGUCAGAGGACGCUAAUGUUGCAGACUAUCGCCUUCAUGGUGUACCUGCUUGUUGGCGCUCUGAUCUUCUCCUACGUAGAAAACUGGAUGUUCCUGGACGCUGUGUUCUGGGCCAACUUUACCCUCCUAACGAUAGGAUUCGGUGGAGAAUUUGUGCCUAAAACACACACUGGUCGCUCACUCUUGAUUCCGUAUGCAAUUGGUGGCUUGGUCACAGUUGGUUUGGUUAUUGGUUCCAUCCGAUCCCUCAUUCUAGAGCAUGGAAAACAAAAGAUGGCUGCUCGAUUCAUGGAAGUUAAGAGACAGAGGGUCCUCGAUUCUAUCGAUGGUGACACACAUACCAUACGCAUCUCAAUCUUUGAAAAGGUCAAUUUCUCUUCAAAAGGGUUGACAGAAGCUCAAAGAAGAGAGCAAGAGUUUCGUAUAAUGCGGCGUGUUCAAACGCUGUCCGAGCGGAAGAGAAGAUAUACUGCAUUGGCUCUGUCAACCACUGCCGCACUUCUGUUAUGGUUUCUGGGCGCUCUGGUCUUCAUGUACUCGGAAAAGCCUCAGGGAUUUACCUAUUUCGUGGCGCUAUACUACGCCUAUGUUUCUCUCCUCACAAUUGGUUACGGAGACUAUGUCGUCCAAAGCAAUGCCGGGAAAGCCUUCAUGGUGUUUUGGAGUUUGCUCGCAGUCCCAACACUGACGAUUCUUAUUUCGAACAUGGGUGAUACAGUCAUUAAGGCUUUCAAAGACUUUACUAUCUGGCUGGGUUCACUCACGGUCCUACCAGAUGAAGAAGGACUGAGCGCCGCACUUAAAGUCGGAUGGAGAAGGAUUAAAUCCGGCAAGAUCGGUGAAGAGGAAAGAGUGGGCUACCAUGAGGGUCCUAUCAGUCCAAAUGAACAACGCACCAAUGACCGCUUAGCAGCGUACCUUGAAGAGGAGGAGCUUGGAAAAGCACAGGAGGCGGACGAGCAUGGAGACUAUCUUGAGCGUGAUAUCCGAUUUUAUCACUUCGUUCUCGCAAAGGAGGUUCGGAAACUGAUGAAGGACGUUGAGAGUUCGUCGUCGAAACAGUACGAGUACCAUGAGUGGCAAUACUACUUGCGUUUAAUCGGUCAAGACGAAGACGACGCUUCCAAACAUCGACGACCCAAAGCCAACGCUCAUCACGACGACGGUGAGGCCCCUGAUAUCGGCUCUGCAGAUGACGGAAAGAAGCUCGCAUGGAGCUGGCUCGGCAUUCGCAGUCCGCUCAUGGGCAACCAAUCCGAGCCCCAGUGGUUGCUGCAAAGAUUAGCCAUGAAACUGGAGUCGGAGAUGCGCAAGAUGAGCUCACCUGACGAAGAAAGCACCACCACCAACAACAACAACAACAACAACUCAACUCUCACUAUGUCGUUGGUAGCCAUUUCGCUGCCGACUUUAUGGCUUGCACCUCCUCCCGGCUUUGCUGCUUCUUCACAUGAUCCCAACAUUGAACCUGCAUCUAUCGCUAUCAGUGCCAUUUUCGCUAGCCUUGUCAUUGUCCUUGUUGUAGUCAUACUUAGCAAGAAGAACAGGGGCAAUUUUCUUGAUGACUCUAGUGAGCACAUAGAGCGAAUGGAAAAGCACCUCACGAUUGGUUGGCCACUGGAAGACGUAUUGAGAAGGAACAAUGCAACAGACCACCAAACCACGCCAAGACUAUGGCCAGGGUUUUCCAGUUCCAAUUCGGAUAUCGUUCGAAGAGAUCAUAAAGUCGAAGGUAAAGAAGCAGCAGCAGCAGCAGCAGCAGCAGCAGCAAGCAGAGGAGCUUUUGAACUAGCCAGCAAACCAGGUCGUACACCAAUCUUCCACAUUACCGUACCACAUCCCGCAAACGCUGUUGAGCUCGAGGUCCGUCCGCGUUUACUCUUACAUGGCCAUGAAUUGCCUACUCGAGAUGUUUACCUACUGCCACCCCAAAUUUCCCAGUCUGGUAACUACAGUGGCAGUAGUAGCAAGAACAAUGCGCUUCUGCAGACACAAUCUGUACAUACUGCCCGUCGACAUCCGCACUCUGAAUUCGGCGACGAUAGUACGGUCGUGGGUGACAAAGCCGAAGUCGAGACUCUGCGUAGCGAUCUGAAUUUUCCGGACACAGACUCCGUUAAUGCAUCUUAUGAUGAGAGGCAAUGGAAGCUAAUGGACGACAAGGCACUUGGCUUGCUAGGCAGGCACUGGGAGUGA